AUGCCAUCCCGUCUUUUCGAACCAAUCAAAGUCGGGAAUCUGAAGUUGUCGCACCGCCUUGGGCUAUGUCCUUUGACUAGGUUUCGGGCAUCAGAUGACCACGUCCCUGUCGACUUGAUGAGAGAGUAUUACGGACAAAGAGCCUCUAUACCUGGGACAUUGCUCGUGUCUGAAGGGACGUUCAUAUCACCCGAAGAUGGUGGCUACGCCAAUGUUCCAGGGGUCUACAACCAAGACCAGAUCGACGCAUGGAAGAAGGUGACGACAGAGGUUCACUCUCGAGGGAGCCACAUCUUUUGCCAACUCUGGUCUCUUGGCCGCACCGUUGACCCUGAAGUCGCGGCACAGGAAGGCAUUCCCAUUGUCAGCUCGGGGAAUAUCGCAUUAGACGACAAGCCCAAGCCGCGUCAAUUAAGCACCGAUGAUAUUCAGACCAGAAUUCGAAAUUACGUCUCUGCGGCCAAGAACGCCAUUGAGGCUGGCUUCGACGGUGUUGAGCUCCAUGGAGCCAACGGAUAUCUCAUCGACCAGUUUCUUCAAGACACAUGCAACAAUCGCCAAGACGAGUAUGGCGGCAGCAUAGAGAAUCGCUCUCGCUUCGCAUUGGAAGUUGUUCGGGCAGUGAGCGAUGCCAUCGGACCCGAGCGAACGGGAAUUCGCCUGAGCCCAUGGAGCACAUACAAUGGCAUGAGAAUGGACGACCCAAAGGUCCAGUUUACGGACGUCAUCCGACAGCUCAACGCCCUCGGGCUUGCUUAUGUUCACUUGGUCGAGUCAAGAAUCGCGGGCAAUGCAGAUGUUGAGCGAUCAGAUGAUCUAUCCUUCGCCUACAGUGCUUGGGAUGGGCCGUUGUUGGUGGCUGGUGGAUUUACGCCUGAGUCGGCGCAACGGCUUGUCGACCAAGAGCACCCAGACAAGCCAAUCAUGGUCAUGUUUGGGCGCUACUUCAUUUCAACGCCCGACUUGCCGUUCAGAGUUCACCAUGGGCUUCAACUGAAUGCCUAUGACAGAGAGACUUUCUAUGUGCCGAAGUCAGCGGCUGGUUAUGUGGAUUAUCCUUUCAGUCCAGAGUUUCUUGAGCAACAGAAAGUAAUUUGA